AUCUUGAAUUGGCAGCUUCACAAAGCAAUCGCCAUGUUUGAAUCGCGAGAUGGUUUCCAAGUACGAGCGGAACCAGGGUUAGGGUUGUAUACCAAACUCUACUCAAUGUCAUAAAGUGGAGCUUAGACCCUUGUUCGCAACCUCAUCCCACCUUCUUUUGUUGAAGCAUUGAAAGCAAUUGAGGCCCAGUUUGGUGCAAGAAAACACCUGGGCUUCCAAAGACAACAUGGAAGCUCUCCUCAGAAGACGAGCGGUAUAUGUGUGCCAAAGCUGCGUUCGGAGCGCUCGGCAACCGCUCUGGCGCAACUACUCCAGUGCUCCCCCUCGACCGGAUAUCUACGAUGUGGUAUGUGUGGGUGGAGGGCCUGCUGGUCUCAGUCUCUUGACUGCUUUACGCGCAAACCCCAACACCUCCCACCUCCGAGUUGCCCUUGUCGAAGCCCAAGAUCUCUCCAAAAUCAGAUCAUGGAGCCUUCCACCAACCAAGUUCUCGAAUCGAUGCAGCUCCCUCACGCCCUCCUCGGUCAAGUUUCUCGAGCAGAUUGGGGCAUGGGAGCACAUAGCCCGAGACCGGGUACAGCCAUAUCAGGAGAUGCAAGUCUGGGAUGGAGUAUCUGGCGCUAGGAUCGAAUUCGACUGGGCGGGUGCUGCCCCAAAUACCGGAACAACAAUUGCCUACAUGACAGAGAACUUGAAUCUGACGUCUGGUCUGCUGAAGCGGCUGGAGGAGCUUGGUGGAGUGUCUACCUUUGACAACGCAAGGGUGGAAAAUAUCACACACGGUGAGGAAACAGAGGAACUGGAUCUGCGGGAAUGGCCGGUAGUACAGCUGUCUGGGGGGAAGCAACUCUCUGCCAGGCUUCUGGUUGGGGCGGAUGGAGCCAACAGCCCUGUGAGGUCCUUUGCGAAUAUCGAGGCCAAGGGAUGGGAUUACAACCGCCAUGGUGUGGUAGCGACUGUGGAAUUGGAAGGUGAGGGCUGGGGUGGUGAGUUCACCAAGAUUGCUUACCAAAGGUUCCUACCGACUGGCCCAGUUGCCAUGCUGCCAAUGCCUGGCAAAUACUCUACACUGGUCUGGUCCACCACGCCGAGCAACGCGGCCCUUCUCAAGAGCCUCUCGCCGAAGGAUUUCACCGCCAUGGUCAAUGCUGCCUUCACGUUAAGUACAGUUGACCUGGAAUACAUGCACACUCAGAAAUCUGGACAAGAGGAAGAAUAUUCAUGGAGAAUGGAACACACUCCUGUGGACCACCGCGCAGUUCCUCAGGUUGUCACGGGCGUCCAGGAAGGCACAGUUGCUUCCUUUCCUCUGAAGCUACGACACGCGGACACCUAUGUUGCCGAACGAGUGGCCCUAGUCGGUGACGCCGCUCACACCAUUCACCCGCUUGCCGGUCAAGGUUUGAACCAAGGUCAGGGCGACGUACAAAGUCUCGCAAAGACCAUCGAGUACGCUGUUACACAUGGGCAAGAUAUCGGUGUGGGCAUGUCGUUGGAGUCAUAUGUUUCUGAACGAUAUGCCGCCAAUCACGUCCUCCUCGGAGUCUGCGAUAAGCUCCACAAGCUGUACUCCUUUGGCAGCGGACCUCUGGUGCCAUUGAGAUCGUUGGGGCUGUCCGCCGUCAACGCUCUCGGACCCCUGAAAACCUUUAUCAUGAACCAGGCGGCCGGAAAUGGGAUGAAGGUCUUUUGAGAGGCGAUCUAUGAUACCCCGCUUCUCAACAUUUGGUCCUAGUUCUGUUGUACACUUAUGUUGAAUAUGUAUUAUAAUACCUCAUUCUGUCUCCCGUGCCUGGAACAUCAUGUGGUGAGUUAGAUCUGAGAUGGGAUGAAUGCCCUUGACGUGGAAGUCGUAUUGCUGAGCGUUGAUACCGAGUCCAAGUGCCCGAUUUCAGUGAGAUGCCGGAGACCGGACGAUUACGUGCCUGCCCCUUUUGAUCGCUCCUGCCCUUUUGAAGGUGGCUUGUUCAAGUUUCAAGUUUUGAUAUCCUCGAUGGGUGCCGAAUAGCAUGGGGUAUGCCUAGGUAGUAUUUUCUUUGCGGUCUCGAAACUAUUGUCUCUUUUCUUGCAGCGUUUCUCUACACUGUUUCGAGAAUUGAGUUCAACAAUUCUAGUGCUUGCCCAUAUCAUCUUGAAGAAGACAUCCAGCAGCCUAGCGCUUCUUUAG